CAUUUUGUGUUUUUUAAAAAUUUGGUGAGGGUUAUGUGUGCGCGUUUCGAAAGAGUUUUUUGAAAUUAAAUCCUGCGACUAAACCCAUUUCGUGAUAGGUUAUGUGUGUUUAAAUAUUAGCGGAGGUUGUUUAUGCCGGUAAUCUUUUCCACGGGCGAGGGCACCUUGAUGUUGAGAUCUUUUCUGCUGUGAGCGGUAGUGUGCAGCAGCGAGAUGGCUAACAAAACGGCCAUUGGAAACCACCAGCAACAGCAGCAGCAAGCGGGGGGGAGUGUUAAACCGGCCUCCUCCAUUAAACAGGGCAACGUGCUGCCACUGUGGGGCAACGAGAAGACCAUGAACCUCAACCCGCUCAUCCUCACCAAUAUUCUCUCCUCACCCUACUUUAAAGUGCAGUUGUAUGAACUGAAAACCUACCAUGAGGUUGUAGAUGAGAUCUAUUUCAAGGUCACUCAUAUUGAACCAUGGGAGAAGGGGAGCAGGAAGACUGCAGGCCAGACAGGCAUGUGCGGAGGGGUACGGGGUGUUGGAACAGGAGGCAUUGUUUCUACUGCCUUUUGUCUGCUCUACAAGCUAUUUACCCUAAAGUUAACUCGUAAACAAGUGAUGGGUCUAAUAACACACACUGACUCUCCGUACAUCCGAGGUUUGGGAUUCAUGUAUAUUCGGUACACACAGCCCCCAGCUGAUUUGUGGGAUUGGUAUGAACCUUUUUUAGAUGAUGAAGAGGAGCUAGAUGUAAAGGCUGGUGGAGGAUGCGUCAUGACAAUAGGAGAGAUGAUUCGUUCUUUCCUCACUAAACUAGAAUGGUUCUCUACCUUAUUUCCAAGAAUUCCAGUUCCUGUUCAAAAGAAUUUGGACCAGUAUCUUAAAACUCGACCAAGGAAGAUUGCCAAAAAGGAUGGGAAGGAUAGCAUGGAAGAGCCAGAGCGCCUUUCAGAGCGUAGACAUUCAAGGUCACCAAGAAGAUCUCUUACUCCUCGUAAAUCUCCUAGACGAUCUAGAAGCAGAAGCCGUCAUAGAGAAGGCCAUGGCUCUUUUGGUUUUGAUAAGGAAUUAGAGAGAGAGAGAGAACGACAGAAAAGGGAACGAGAACAGAUAAAAGACAGAGAGCGAAGUGAGAAGGAUAGACAUAAAUCUAGAAGCACAGACCGAGGUUUAGACCGUAGGCGGAGCAGAAGUAGAGACCACCACAGAAGUCGAAGUAGAGAUAAAAGAAGUACUAAAAAAGAUAGAGAGAGAGAGAAGGAAAAUGAAAGAAGUAGAAGGCGAGACAAAGAUUAUGAAAAGGACAAAGAAAGAGUGAGUGAUCGAGACAGGGACAGAAAUGUUGAGAAAGAUUCUGAGAGAUCAAGAGACCGGGAUAAAAGAAGUCAAUCAAAGACUGAAGACAGAAAACGUAAGGAAGAAAAAAGAGAAAAAGAUGAAAAAAGACAUAAGGAUGAUAAAAAGGAUUCAAAAAAAGAUAAAAGGCAUAGUAGAAGCAGGAGCAGAGAGAAAAGACAUAGAAGCAAUAGUCCUGGUAGGGGUCAUGUCAGCAAACGUAGUAGAAGCAAAAGCAAAGAGAAAUCUAAACAUCGAAAUGAACAUAAAGAAAAAUCAAAUAAAAGAAGCAUUAGCAGAGAAAGGACUGAUGAGAAUAAUGGUGAACGGAUAAAGAAACAGCGUAGUCAUAGCAAAGAGAAAGCUCACAAACGCAGUCAAAGUAAAGAACGAUCUCACAAGCAAAGUCACAGUGAUGGUAAGGACCAUUCAAGCAAACUAAGCCGCCGAAGUCUCAGUACAGAAAGAGAGAACAAAAGCAAUGCAGAAGGACUAUUGCAAGGCAAUACCACUGACAAUGACUGAAAUAUUACUUAAAUCUCUAAUUGUACAGUGAAUAAAUUGUUUUGCUUUUGAACAUUUUUUAAAAAUUGAAUUAUGCUAUGGCUAGGAUAAACACGUCUUCAAAUUCCAGUAGCCUGCAGAUGAUAUUUCCUGUUUGUAGGAAGUGCCUUUGGUAUUCAACUGUUCAACUUACCACUGUAAUUCAAGACCAACUUUAUUCUGUACAAUGUAGUUGAUACAGAUUUGUUUUUGUUUGAAAUAAUGUUUUUGCAAGUAUACUAUGUACAUAUGUUCUGAGAGUUUUAAUCAUUGGCACAAUUGCCAUGUUGGUUCAUUUUGUAUGAUGGGCAAUAAACUGCCAGUACUUAAAA